GGCACCGCCAUCCCCACUAUGACCACAGAAUUCAAUAGCCUCAAUGAUAUCGGCUGGUACGGUUCGGCGUACCUGUUGACUCUCAUGGCGUUACAGCCUUUGUACGGGCAGAUUUACACAUUUUUUGACACGAAAAACACCUUUUUAGCUUCUCUAAUCUUCUUUGAGAUUGGGUCUACCGUAUGUGCAACAGCUCCAAGCUCAAUCGUCUUCAUUGUGGGGCGUGCUCUAUCCGGGUCCGGGGCGGCCGGCAUCUUGUCCGGAGCCUUGACACUGGGCGGGCGCCUGGUCCCGUUGGUCAAGCGACCAUUGUACAUGUCCGUCAUCAUGAGCAUGUAUGGAGUCGCCGCAGUCGCAGGUCCAACGCUUGGUGGCGUCUUCACUGACUCCCAUGCACUGACCUGGAGAUUCUGCUUUUACCUGAAUCUGCCUUGCGGCGGAGUAGCCUUCAUCCUUUGUAUUUUCCUCCUCAAGUCAUAUGCCGCACCUCAUGGCGCAGGCAUGUCCAUCCUGGCCAAAUUGGCGAACAUAGAUUUUGUUGGUGUCGUAUUAUCCAUCAUCGCCUCAGUGCUCUUGUUCCUGGCCUUGAAGUGGGGUGGGAUCGACUAUCCAUGGAACUCAUCUCUGGUCACCGGCUGCUUAGUUGGCUCCGUUGUGUGCUUUGCUAUCUUCGUGACCACCCAAGUACAGCAGAAGAAACGGGCGUUAAUAUCGCUAAACGUGUUAACUCAACGCACCGUUUUCUUCGGAAGCCUUUUUGUCUGUUUCAUCAACAUGGCUAUCGACACGCACAUCUAUUAUUUACCACUAUAUUUUCAAUCAGUCGACGGUGCAACGGCCUCCAUGUCGGGUGUGCGGAUUUUACCUUACCUAGCCACCAUGAUCGUUACCGCCACAGUUAGCGGCUUCUGCAUCUCUAAACUUGGACACUACGUGCCGUUUAUGAUGGCUGGAUCUACUCUAUUUACUAUCGGAGCAGGCCUUAUUCAUACCCUCGCGGUCGGUAGCGGAGCGGCACAGUGGGUAGGCUAUCAGCUCCUUGCAGGAAUAGGAUUUGGCAUGGCCUUCCAGAUCCCCUAUUCAGCCUUGCAUGUUGUUCUCGAUGCGAAGGAUCUGCCCACCGGCAAUGCUUUAAUCGUCUUUUUUCAGGCGCUUGGUGGAGCUUUAGCGGUAAGCAUUGCGCAGAAUGUCCUCAGUAAUGAAUUGCUGGUACGUUUGGAGACCACGAUCCUGGCCCAUGAUGCAUUGGCCAUUAUAGCCGCCGGACCGACACAUAUCGCCGAAGCAGUGCCUGGUCCUUUUGUGGACAUUGUUGUCGAGGCUUACAGCUAUGCGAUAUCAAAAACAUUCAUCCUACCUAUUGCUGCAGCUGGCAUGUCCUUCCUCUGCAGCUUGGGAAUGGAAUAUAAAAAAAUUAAGAAGCUUGAAAAAUAA